AUGGAGCUGUCGCCGUACGCGCAGGGCGGGUGGCGGCUGCUGGGCGACCCCCGCCGCUUCCCCCGUCGCCCGUUCGCCGCCCUCCUCCGCGCCGCCUUCCGCAGCCUCCUGGAUCACCCGCAGGCCGGGUUGGGUAAGGCGUGGCGCGGAGGGGCGUGCGGGCCGCGCCGCUCCGCGGAGCGCGCAGGCGGGCGCGGGGCUCCGUCCGCCCCCGCGGGUGUCCGCGCGUGUCCGCGCUGGAGCGGGCGCUGCCCGCGCACACUCGCGGGGCGGCUCCUGCCCGCGGGCGGCUCCGGGGUGUCGCUGCGCGGGGUGUCAUCGCUAAUGCGCGCCCGCUUCAAGAAACGUUCUAAGGGCGAGCAGCAGCCUUUGGUACCGAGUGCAGGGACUUGGCAAAUGCCUGUCAUCAGUAAUUCAUUUAUUUUAGACGAUCCAGACCUGAAAGAUAUUGACCCUACAGUAUUAAAACAUUGCCAUGCUGCGGCUGCAACGUGUAUUCUGGAGGCAGGGAAACAGAAAGCUGACAUAUCUGCUAUAAGCACAUGCCUAGAAGACUGCAAACUGGAUAAAGAGAGAAUAGAACAAUUUUGCACCGAAUAUCAGAAAAACAAGGAUGCAUUGGAAAUCCUAUUGGGAAGCAUAGGCAGAUCUCCUCUCCAUAUAACUGAUGUGUCUUGGCGCUUGGAAUAUCAGAUCAAGAACAAUCAACUUCAUAAAACUUACCAGCCUUCCUAUUUGGUGACCUUACACCUAGAGAACAGUGAUUCAGGAUCACACCCAGAUGUUAGUUUUAGCUGUACAAUGGAGCAAUUACAGGACUUAGUGGGAAAGCUAAAAGAUGCUGCAAAAAGUCUAGAACGAGCGACUCAGAUAAAGCCGGCAGACGCCGCGGAAUGGAGCGGAGCCGGGUGGCGGCUCCGGCUCGACGGCGCGGCUGCUGCCAGCAUCUGCCGCUCGCCUUGGGCCGUGCGCGGCACCGCUGCUCUCCGCGGGGCCGCCCGCUCCGCCGGCAGGUGCGGAGGGGGCUCCGAGGCGCGGUUCCGUCCGCACCUGCCAGCCAGGGAGAGCGGCCCGCGGAGGAUGCGCGGCGGCGGCCGGUGCCUCGCCGCGAAGCACGGCUUGUUCCUCUCCGCUCCUGCGCGCCCGAGCGGCGGGCGGCGUCUUAUCCUCGGCAGAGGCGAGCACCGCGAGGGUUUUCCCGGUUCCCUCCCCCUCGCUCCGGCGGCUGCCCGUUCCUCCCGCGGGGUGUGGGGGCACCGCGGGUCCCCGCGACGCUGUCCCCUGCCGCCGCUUGGGGCCGAAAAGCGUCCGCGCGGCCCUCGAGGGGACGCGCCCCCUCGACGGCGGCGGCUCGCGCGGCCCCGGGCGGGCGCGGCGCGGCGAGGGGCGCGCGGCAGCGCGCACGCGGUGGCGGAGGCGCGAGGCCGCGGUGCGGGUCCUCGCGGGGGUCCCACCGGGGUGGGAGCGCGCAACAAGUGCGCGGAGGGAGGCGAGGGCUGCGGGGUCGGGAGGACGGGCGUCGUGUGGGGCCGGCGGGCUUGCGGGCUGUGGGGCUGCGGCGCGGGGAGGAUGGAGAGGGCAGCGGCGGGCAGAGCGGGGGGCGCGGGGCGAGAGCGGGGAGCGCAGUGGCUGAAGGGGAGCCGCGGCGAGGGCGGAGGGAGAGCGGAGAAGGAGGGCGGGAGGCGCUGGGGCUGCGGCGGGCGGGAGCCGCGGAGCGGGGCCGGGGGUCGGGGCGGGCGCGUUGCAUUCUUCCCUCCUCCGCCCUCCUCCCGCCCGCCCGCUCGCCCGCCCUCCUUCCCUCCCCGGGUCCCCGCCACCAACUAUGAAAUAACAACAACAAUAAUACUCCGUCUGCAGUUCAUUUCAAGAUGGCCGCUUGGCUCACAUUCAUUUUCUGCUGAACGACUUUUAACUUUCAUUGUCUUUUUUGGCCGCUCCGAUCAUCACCCACCGGCUCCGUUUUCCGGAGCCGCUCCUCGCCACGCCAAAAUGCACCGAACAACCAGAAUCAAAAUAACCGAGCUAAACCCCCAUCUCAUGUGUGUGCUCUGCGGCGGGUACUUCAUUGAUGCAACAACCAUCAUAGAGUGCCUCCACUCCUUCUGUAAGACCUGUAUCGUGCGUUACUUGGAGACCAGCAAGUAUUGUCCUAUCUGUGAUGUCCAAGUUCACAAAACUCGACCGCUUUUGAAUAUAAGGUCAGAUAAAACUCUCCAAGAUAUUGUAUACAAGCUAGUACCAGGCCUUUUCAAAAAUGAAAUGAAAAGAAGAAGGGAUUUUUAUGCUGCUCAUCCGUCGGCUGAUGCUGCCAAUGGCUCUAAUGAAGACAGGGGAGAAGUGGCUGAUGAAGACAAAAGAAUUAUAACAGACGACGAGAUAAUAAGCUUAUCCAUUGAAUUCUUUGACCAGAAUAGACUGGAGCGAAAAGGAAAUAAAGAGAAAGAAAAAUCAAAGGAAGAGGUGAAUGACAAAAGAUACUUGCGCUGCCCAGCAGCAAUGACAGUGAUGCAUCUAAGAAAGUUCCUGCGGAGUAAGAUGGAUAUACCUAACACUUUCCAGAUCGAUGUGAUGUAUGAAGAGGAGCCUCUGAAGGACUACUACACUCUAAUGGAUAUUGCCUACAUCUAUACCUGGAGGCGGAAUGGGCCUCUGCCCUUGAAAUACCGUGUCCGACCUACUUGCAAGAGGAUGAAGAUCAGUCACCAGAGGGAAGGCUUGAAUAAUAGUGGGGAGCUGGAAAGUGACUCUGGGAGCGACAAGGCGAGCAGCCCAGCAGGAGGCAUCCCCUCCACCUCCUCCUGUUUGCCCAGCCCCAGCACACCAGUCCAGUCUCCUCACCCCCAGUUCCCCCACAUCUCCAGCACCAUGAAUGGCACCAGCAGCAGCCCCAGCAGUAACCACCAGUCCUCCUUUACCAACAGAGCUCGGAAAACAUCAAUAAAUGGCUCCUCAGCCACUUCAUCUGGUUGAUGUGCCAACCAGGCUACCACCCUUGCCCCUCCUUUAUAUAGAUCUCUCCAUGCCAUUACAGCUUUAUAGAUGCUAAUCCAUGUGACUAUCAUCCAAAUUGCUUUCUUUUGUAGUAACACUGAACUUGGCUAUAAAAGGCGGACUAGGUGACAUUCGGGAUGGACCUUAAUGGAAAUGCAAGAUUGAAAUGUAAAUUGUUUUCAGAGGACUGGGAAGCAAACAAAAGUUACACCUUCACCUGUUCUGAAUGAUGUGGAGUUGUUUCUGUCCCCAUCAUCUGGAGCCAGGAGUCUCCAGAAGUCAAUACAAAUCCUGGGAAGUAGUUUGUUAAUCCAGACUAACUCCUCCAUUGCGUUCUCUUCGAUUGUUAUUGUUCUUAUACUGUUUUGUGAACCUGUAGAAAGCAAGUGCUUUUUCAUCUUGAAAUCCAACAAAAUUGAAAGAAUAUGCAUAGAAAAAUGCAUAUAUGUAGCCAUGUCACUGUGAAUAACAAUUUUUGCGUAUUAGCCAUUUUGAUUCUUAUGUUGCAUCUUUUACUUCUCUGUUGCUGCGCAGAACCGAUCAAAAGAAAAGUAAACUUCAGUUUUACAAUCUGUAUGCCUAAAAGCGGGUAUUACCGUUUUAUUUACUGACUUGUUUAAAUGAUUCGCUUUUGUAAGAAUCAGAUGGCAUUAUGCUUAUUGUACAAUGCCAUAUUGGUAUAUGACAUAACAGGAAACAGUAUUGUAUGAUAUAUUUAUAAAUACUAUAAAGAAAAUAUUGUGUUUCAUGCACUCAUGAUAUGGUUGUUAAAUUUCUAAACUGGUUCGACCCUUGCAGAUGCCACCUGUUUGAUGUUUGAGCUUUGCUCAUACUGCAAGAAACACGUUGUGUGUGAGAGCUACAGUAUUGGGAAAGCACAUUCAAGUCUCUGAUAACCUGGAGGCAAUUGGCAAUCUUAAAAGGAUUUUACUUGCUUUGUCUUUUUUUUUUUUUCUUCUAAGUGGAAUAUUUUUACUUUACCAAAUGUUGAAGUGAUACAGUGAAAAAAAGAAAUCAAGGGACAUGGAAGUUUUUGACCUGUUUGAUUACCUUUUUAUUAUUUGGUGUGGUGGGACUGUGUUUUUAAAAGCACAUGGAAUCAUUAUAGAAGCCAUAAACUAUUUGAUAUAAAUUUUAAGGAACCAGCAAGUGGCUGGGUGAAGGCAUUUUAUCUAAAUUUGUUUUAAUAUAUAUGUAUAUGGUACAGUACUAACUUCAUUAAAGUUUAACUGGUACUUAAUAUUUCCAAUAAAUUGUGGAGAAUGCCUUCUCUUUAAGGGCCUGCAAGUAGGUGCAUUUUAUUAGAGGCUUCUAAGGGUGGGGUUUUUUCAAUAGGAGGAACUUUUCCACCAUAAAAUAUGAACAGCCCAGAACACUUUUCAGUUUGUGCUUUGCUUUGGUCGAACUUUGUGUGUGUUCAUCACCCAUCAGUUAUACAUUUGUGAGGGUGUUUAUUCUAUAUGGAUAUUGUUUCAUGUUUGUACGGAAAAAUUGUAGUUAAACAUUUCAUUGUCUCCAGUCUGCAAAAGAAGCACAAUUCUUAUUGCUUUGUCUUGCUUAUAGUCAUUAAAUCAUUACUUUUGCAUAUAAAUUGCUGUUACUUGUCCUGCUUGUUUUUAUAGACCAGGUGAUUGCAAAUCCUCCACAAGGUUAUUGCUUAUUGAUGUAUGUCUUGUUAAACAAGAGUUGAUAUUUUUUCCUGUAGUAAACAUGUACAGUUCAAUUUCAACAGUAAAAACUUCAGUUUUAUAUACACGAAUAACUUUCAUUUAUAGCUGAUCAAAUAAAUAAAUAAAAGGGAUAAUUCAUUGAAAAGUAGCAAA